AUGAUGAAUAAUGCAAGCGAGCUGUACUGGGAGUUGUCGCAAUUGAUUGGGCUGUCGAAUCUCACCUUCUACAAUGUCUCUAGCGAGGGCGUCGUCGCCACCGGCACGGUGACGCUGGCGGUCAACUGCUGCACCACCGAGCCGAACUUCUCCAACUACCUGGAGUCGCUGCCGAACGACCGGGCCGGUCUGCUGGCGUUCCUGUUUCUCUUCUCGUUCGCGACCGUGUUCGGCAACUCGCUGGUGAUCCUGGCGGUGAUCCGCGAGCGGUACCUGCACACGGCCACCAACUACUUCGUCACGAGCCUCGCGGUGGCCGACUGCCUGGUGGGGCUGGUGGUGAUGCCGUUCUCCGCGCUGUACGAGGUGCUGCAGAACACCUGGUUCUUCGGCACCGACUGGUGCGACAUCUGGCGCUCGCUGGACGUGCUCUUCAGCACCGCCUCCAUCCUGAAUCUGUGCGUGAUCUCGCUCGACCGGUACUGGGCGAUCACCGAUCCGUUCUCCUACCCCAUGAAGAUGACGCGCCGGAAGGCGGUGGCGCUGAUCGCGGCCGUCUGGAUCUGCUCGAGCGCCAUCAGCUUCCCGGCGAUCGUCUGGUGGAGGGCGGCCCGCGAGGGCGACAUGCCCCCGUUCAAGUGCACGUUCACCGAACACCUCGGCUAUCUGGUGUUCUCGUCGACCAUCUCCUUCUACCUGCCGCUGCUGGUGAUGGUGUUCACCUACUGUCGCAUCUACCGGGCCGCCGCCAUCCAGACCCGGUCGCUCAAGCUCGGCACCAAGCAGGUGCUGAUGGCGUCCGGCGAGCUGCAGCUCACCCUGCGCAUCCACCGAGGCGGGACCACGCGCGAACGCCCGAAUCACCCUCGAUUGCUACCAUCUGCCGCGAUCGAGCAGCAGCAGCAGCAGCAGCUACAGCUAGACAAACAGCCUCACCAGCAGCCUCAUCAGUCCCAGCUCCAUCAGCAGCAGCAGCAGCAGCAGCAGCAGCAGCAGCAACAGCACCAGCAACAGCAUACGGCCAACUCCACGCCGGAAGAUCCGGACGACGAGCCGCUGUCGGCGCUGCAGAACAACGGGCUCGGCGGACGGCACCGGACGCACAUGGGCAAGAACUUCUCGCUGUCGCGCAAGCUGGCCAAGUUCGCCAAGGAGAAGAAGGCCGCCAAGACGCUCGGCAUCGUGAUGGGCGUGUUCAUCGUUUGCUGGCUGCCGUUCUUCGUCGUCAACCUGCUGUCCGGGUUCUGCAUGCACUGCAUCGCGCACGAGGAGAUCGUGUCCGCCGUCGUCACCUGGCUCGGCUGGAUCAACUCCAGCAUGAACCCGGUCAUCUACGCCUGCUGGAGUCGCGACUUUCGAAGGGCUUUCGUACGUAUCCUGUGCGUGUGCUGUCCGAGGAAGAUAAGACGCAAGUAUCAGCCGACCAUGCGCUCGAAAGCGUCGCAGAGAUUCGCCUCGAGACGAUGCUACUCCACCUGCUCGCUGCACGGGAUACAGCAAGUGCGGCAGAACUCGUGCGAACAGACGUACAUUUAG